AUGAGUGGAAAUGAGGACGACUGGCUGGCUCUCAAACCCCAGGAACCUUCUCCAUCCCAGUGCUGCGGCAGCGGCUGCAAACCCUGCAUCUAUGAUGUGUAUGAGAAGGAGCUUGCACAAUGGGAAAGGGCCAAAGCAAAGCAAGACAAAAACCUCCUCAUGGAAAAGAAGGAGCAGAGCAAUAAUUCAGAACUGAAUCCAGAUACAUUUACUGCAUUCAGCAUAAGCUCGGUGGAGCAGCUAACAGAGGACACCUACCAGUACAAAUUUGAAUUACCAGGAAACAGCAGUCUGCGAUUGAGUUUAGGACAACAUAUCGUGUUAAGAGGAGUGGUGAAUGGCUUGGAGGUCCAGCGAGCCUAUACUCCCAUUAGCCCAGGGAAUGCAGAAGGUUACUUCGAUGUUUUAAUGAAAUGCUAUGAAGCUGGGCUAAUGUCACAAUACAUAAAAACGUGGAAAAAAGGAGACGUGGUCUUUUGGCGUGGGCCGUUUGGAGGGUUCCCGUAUCGACCUAAUAAGCACGGAGAACUCCUCAUGCUGGCGUCUGGUACUGGCCUUGCACCGAUGCUUCCCAUUCUCCAGUCCAUAACAGAUGAUGAAGAGGAUGAAACCUUUGUAACUCUUGUUGGCUGCUUCCGUACAUUUGACAGAAUUUAUCUGAAACCUCUUCUCCAGGAUCUGGCUCGAUACUGGAACAUCAGAAUAUUCUAUGUCUUAAGCCAGGAAACUUCACUGGAAACACUUCCUUGGAGCUAUCGGGAAAACACGUACGUUGGUCGUCUCAGUGAAGACUUGAUGAAGACGAUAAUAAGUUCCUGUCGAAGAAAGCCGUUUGUAUUAAUCUGUGGCUCUGCUGCAUUCAAUGAAGAUAUGAGUAGAUACUUGAAAGCUGCAGGAGUUGAAGAAAAUUCCUGUUUUGUCUUUUAG